AUGCUUCUUGGCUUCUCUCUCCACAUGUCACCAUUAACCUCGGACGAGCGACGGGUACAUAUAUGGCAUAUCUGGCUGAGCAGCUGUGGCACAGCCGGCAGCCCAAUGGACAUAGAGAUGGCGCCGCCGCUACACUUCGUGCUGGUGCCGCUCCUUGCGCAGGGCCACGUGAUCCCCACGGUGGACCUGGCGCGUCUCAUCGCCGGGCGCGGCGGCACGCGCGUCACCGUUGUCCUGACGCCCGUCAACGCCGCGCGCAACAGAGCCGCUCUUGAGCACGCACGCUGCGCGGGGCUCGCCGUCGACUUCGCCGAGCUCGACUUCCCAUCGGCCGCGGCGGGCCUGCCAGAGGGCUGCGAGAGCCACGACAUGGUCAGUGACCUGUCACAUAUCAAGCUUUUCUACGACGCCAUGUGGCUGCUCGCGGGCCCGCUCGAGGCGUACCUCCGCGCGCUGCCGCGGCGGCCUGACUGCCUGGUCGCAGACACCUGCAACCCGUGGACGGCGGACGUAGCUCGACGGCUCGGCAUCCCACGGUUUGUGUUCCACGGUCCGUCAGCGUUCUUCCUCCUCGCGGCGCAUAACCUGGCCAAGCACGGUGUGCGCGACCGCGCCUCCGGCGAGUUCGAGCUGUUCGAAGUGCCCAACUUCCCGGUGCGCACGGUCGUGAACAAGGCGAUGUCGCUCGGGUUCUUCCAGUGGCCAGGGCUGGAGACGCAACGGCGCGAGACGCUCGAUGCCGAGGCCACCGCCGACGGCUUCGUCGUCAACACGUGCGCGGCCUUCGAAAGCUCGUUCAUCGAGGGCUACGCGGGGGCGCUCGACCGAAAGGUGUGGGCGGUCGGACCACUCUGCCUCCUAGACUCCGACAGCGAGACGACGGCCAGGAGAGGCGAUCGGGCGGUCAUGGACGCAGGCCGGAUCAUCUCCUGGCUCGACGCGAGGCCUCCAGGAUCCGUGCUCUACGUCAGCUUCGGCAGCAUCGCCCGCUUGUUACCGCCGCAGGUCGUCGAGCUCGCCGCCGGGCUGGAGGCGUCGGAGAGGCCGUUCGUCUGGGUGGCCAAGGAGGGCGACGACCUGGACGCCGGAUUCGACACGCUGGUGCAGGGCCGCGGCCUGGUCAUCCGUGGGUGGGCACCGCAGAUGACCAUCCUGUCGCACCCGGCGGUGGGUGGCUUCUUGACGCACUGUGGCUGGAACUCCACGCUGGAGUCUCUCUCCAAUGGCGUGCCGCUUCUGACCUGGCCUCACUUUGCUGACCAGUUCCUGAACGAGAAGCUAGUCCUUGACGUGCUUGGCGCUGGUGUUCGUGUCGGUGUGAAGGUGCCGUCGACCCACGUAUUCCUGGACCCUGAGACACCGUCAGUGCAGGUUUGGGCAGACGAUGUCGUAAGGACGGUGGCCAAGCUGAUGGACGACGGGGCGGAAGUGCGGGCAAAGGCAAUGGAGCUCGCAGCGAAGGCGAGGGAGGCCAUGUCAAAAGGCGGGUCCUCGGACAAUGACCUCGCGGGCAUGAUUCAGCAUCUCACAGAGCUCGCGAGUAAUGAGGAGAAGGAUCAACCUGUGUCUAAUACUUCAAUUGUGGCUAGGUCUAAGUUGACUAAAACUUAA